AUGCCCCUGCGCCCCUGCCCCUCGCCCAGGAGCUCCCACGGCGCCCCGACCCUCUCUGCCUUCGUGCACGGCUCUGAUCCUGUGAACACUGGCGAUGGACUGUUUCUGCCCAGCACCUGCCACAGCAGGACCUGGCUCCUGGGCAACGUGGAGGAAGCCUGCGGUGGAGCCCGCUGUGGCCAAGUGCCCGACCACACGCAGGAGCUGUGCUUGGAGAAGGGGGGCGUGCAAAGUGCCCGCCUCCACAGGGUUGCCCUGAGGACUUGCACCAAGGCCAGGCCCCGUGAAGGGACCGCAUGCCCAUCGGGAGGCUCUUCGGCCGAGCUCCAGUGCGUGGCUCAGCCUUGCCAAUCAGGAGCCAGCCAGCAAACGGGUGGUGCCAUCCAGGGCUGCCAACCUGGGAGCUCCGUGGCAAAGCGCUGUCCGCCCAAGACUUAUGUGUCCAAGAAUUGCCGAACCCUGGGACUUGAAUCCAGCCAGUGCCACAGGCAGAGCCCCGACUCCAGUCCCCGCAGACCUCCUGCCUCGGUCACGCCGGGGCCACGGCUCCCGGAACCUCCUGCCAGCGCGUAUGAGCCCACCUGCUGCGUGACUGGCGGCUGGCAGUUGCCUAGCGACACCUGCCACAGCAGGACCUGGCUCCUGGGCAACGUGGAGGAAGCCUGCGGUGGAGCCCGCUGUGGCCAAGUGCCCGACCACACGCAGGAGCUGUGCUUGGAGAAGGGGGGCGUGCAAAGUGCCCGCCUCCACAGGGUUGCCCUGAGGACUUGCGCCAAGGCCAGGCCCCGUGAAGGGACCGCAUGCCCAUCGGGAGGCUCUUCGGCCGAGCUCCAGUGCGUGGCUCAGCCUUGCCAAUCAGGAGCCAGCCAGCAAACGGGUGGUGCCAUCCAGGGCUGCCAACCUGGGAGCUCCGUGGCAAAGCGCUGUCCGCCCAAGACUUAUGUGUCCAAGAAUUGCCGAACCCUGGGACUUGAAUCCAGCCAGUGCCACAGGCAGAGCCCCGACUCCAGUCCCCGCAGACCUCCUGCCUCGGUCACGCCGGGGCCACGGCUCCCGGAACCUCCUGCCAGCGCGUAUGAGCCCACCUGCUGCGUGACUGGCGGCUGGCAGUUGCCUAGCGAGUGA